AUGGUGAAUGCGAUCUGGAACGCUGCCUCUGAAGGCAACCUCGAACAAGUUAAGCAACUUCUGUGUGCCGACAAGGAACAGCAACAAACCCCAGACGUUGAUGUAGAGAUCAAAGAUCACACGGGUUGUACCCCUCUCAUCCAGGCUGUUCGAAACGGUCAGACAGAGGUUGUGAAGGAACUUUUGCAUUCAGGAGGUGCAAACCCUUACAACGGAAGGCCGGAGACUUACACCAGCGAUGAGACGAUAUUGAAUAUCUUAGCGGGGGCCAGAACUUCCUGGGGAGCCUCUCACUCUGUUCCUCCUAGUCCGGUUCCUGGAGUUGUGGGAGAGGGCGCCCAGAAUGGCGACACCACGUCAUACUCGGCCGAUGAACAAUAUCCUCCUCCUCACGUGUAUUACCGACCGAUGGGGGCCCCUGGAGGCGAAGACCCUUCUUAUGCAGGCUACUACUUGCCUGAGGGCGCUUACUAUCUUCCUCCACCUCCCCUUAUCCAGGGAGAGUACAGUCCCCCACAUGCUGCGGGCGCGUACCAUGGACAAAAUAUGCCACCCCCAGAAGUCACCAAAAAUAUCCCAUGCCGAUACUUCCCUGCAUGUCGUUACGGCGCAUCUUGCGCGUUUGCGCAUCCGCAGCCCACCCCUUAUUUUCCUGGAAUGCCUGCUCCGCAAUAUCCAGCCUAUGACUCCAAGGCACCCGUUCCUUAUCCCCCACCUUUCUACCCAACACCAAAUUACCCACCACCACCACAUGUGCAACAGCAGCCCACUCAUUCACAAGAUGCAUCUCCUCCGCCUUCUACAUCUCCCCAACAAGAUGGACAGUUCACCGCCCCUCCUCCCCCUGGGCCUUACAUGUUACCACCUCCUCCCCAAGCUUAUUACUUAGCUGGCCCCUACCCUCCCCAGGUUUCACACGUCGCCCCAUACCCUGGCCCAUCCACAUCUCCCACUCAGAACACACAUUACCGCCAGGACUCCAACGGUGGAUUUCAAUACCCUUAUCAUCCUCUCCCUGUCCCUCAACCGAAUGGUCAUAUGCCUCCUUCGCCUACUCACGUUGACACUGAAUUUAGAAAGACGGGGGAAUCGACAGGAUUUCCUCCCAGUCAGAAUGGCCCACGAGAAGGCUCUUUUAAUGGGUUCCGUCGUGGACGUCCGUCCUUCAGCAACGGAGGUCCUCGAAAGACCAAUCUCCCUUGCAUGUUCUUCCCAUCUGGCAAGUGCCGCAAUGGCGAUAGCUGCCGGUUUCAGCAUAUUGAGGAUGAUCCUGGUCGACACUCCUACCCCUAUCUACGCAGCUACAGGGGACGUACGAACGGUGCGAAUCCGGAUGAAAAGAAGACUAAUGACUUCGAAGUAAAAUACUUCUCCGGUCAGCGCCCAGACAAAGCAACGAUUGCCGAACAGCUCUCUACUCUACCUUCCAACAUACGUAAUCUAAGCUUAGCAAACGGCUAUCAUGGAAAGAACUCUCACAACGGAAAAAGUGCGCACGCUUCGGCCAAGUCUCAGCCACCUCCUCAGCGUGUGCCAAAUGCAGACGAUUUCCCUUCUCUGAAUGGGUCUUCGGCAAUCACCCGCUCACCCGCUAGCUCAGUUCAAUCAUUACUGAACGGCAAGACGGCGGCCCAAAUUUUGAAAAGUACACCAUCCCACAGAUCGGUCCCCAAGGUGGCAAAGGAGGUCACUGCUGCUGUUGACGUAGGCGUGACCAAGGUGGAAGGUUCCUCAGUCGCUUCAUCCGAAAAGGAUGCAGGAGUGAACGGAUCAAGUUCCAAUUCUUCUUCCCCUCGUGCUGCCAAGGCCCUGAAUUCACUCGAAAUGGUUCCUGCUGUCGCUUAG